CCCUUCACUGCGACUGUGCACUGAUGUCUCUCUCUCUCACACACACACACACACUCGCACUGUCUCGGCUGUUCACAUUCCCAGAUAGAAGUACCAAGAAAAUAAUCUUUCAUUGAUUCAUCUCGUCGGACAGCAUGGCCUCUGGUGUCACAGUCAGUGAUGAAGUCAUCAAAGUCUUCAAUGACAUGAAAGUACGGAAGUCCUCGACCUCAGACGAAGUGAAAAAGCGCAAAAAGGCGGUGCUGUUCUGCCUCAGCGAUGACAAGAAGAAGAUCGUCGUAGAAGAGGGCAACCAGAUCUUAGUGGGAGACAUUGGAGACACUGUCGAUGACCCGUACGCCUGCUUCGUGAAGCUCCUUCCUCUCAAUGACUGCAGAUACGGCUUAUAUGAUGCCACUUAUGAAACUAAAGAGUCCAAGAAAGAAGACUUGGUAUUUAUAUUUUGGGCCCCUGAAGGUGCGCCGUUAAAAAGCAAGAUGAUUUAUGCUAGCUCAAAAGAUGCUAUUAAGAAGAAGUUUACAGGUAUCAAACAUGAAUGGCAGGUUAAUGGUUUAGACGACAUUCAGGACCGCUCAACCCUGGCAGAGAAGUUGGGCGGAAAUGUGGUCGUAUCGCUGGAGGGGAGACCAUUGUAAAUUCAGCAGCCAUGUGCCAUCUGGAUUCCACACGCUUUCAUCUUAGCAGCUGUCUCUAUCAUACGAUCAUGAAGGAAUAAUUCUAGUUUGUCUUUAUUUCCUUUUUUUUUUAGUUUGUUUUUUGUUGUUUUUUCCACACUAAGGAGAUCUCAUUAACAUAUGUAAGAAAAAAAUCUACCAGCUGAAUGCUAGCUUACAUUUUCAGUUAGCUUUUAAAAGUGCCCAAAGAACUUUCUGUCUCCCUCUUUGUGUUUUGCCAAACGACAGUAAAGCUCGGAUGAUCAGAUAUUAAGAGUUGAUAUUGGCAGAGAUAUUCUAUUAUGCUGUAAGAGAACUAUAUGAGAAUGCUGUACGUUAAUGCCUCACAGCAAUGUGUUAACCGGUGACAAGCACUUUACACGUUUGAAACUAUUUAUUUGAACUCUUCUAGCUAAUCUGGCUCCGUUGACAUGGCGAACACAUUAAGUCUAUGCAGAUAAACGAAGCACUUUUGGUUUUUACACUACCAGUUGAAGGAGGACUAUGGAAUUUCUGCAUGUGUCAGAACCGGAAUAGAAGUUAGCACAGUUUUCAUUCCUGUUACCCAUAAACAGAUGGGUUCUGAACUCUUCCACUGCAGCCUUUGAUUCAAACGCUCCUCUGAACGUGAAGCCGAGCUGCUUGGAAUGAUUUCUCUUUUUUUAACACUACAUGAAAACACAAUAUUAUCUGUAAAGUUGGCAAUAUUUGCAGCCUGAAGUGAAACAUUGUUUUUGAGAUCGAGGAAGGUGCCACUCUGAAAUAAAAUCUUGUGGCAGUGAA